CUUUUAUGCAAAAAAAACAUACUUUUAAGGCCUUUGCCAUCAUAUUGAAAUCACUAUAUUUAUAGAAUAAAACAACUAGUAACAUUUGUGCAAAUUAUGUCAUAAAGUGAACAUGCCAGUAAAUCAUGUAUUUAUAACAUUUAAAUUAAACAGGUACUCUAAUGAGACAAUAUAAUCUGCUGCUUGCUAUUCUUCGAUUUUUACGUCCGCCACGUGUUUUUUGUUGGAAAUAUUAACAGAUUUUCUCAAGUAUCCGCAAUAUUUUAAUUGAUGGACGGUAAAACUUACUUAGCAUUGUAAAAUGCUCAAGUAUGAUCAUUGAAAACUUAGUUAUCGUAUGCCACUUAUAAGAUAAAUAUACUAAAUUGUAACAUGAAAUGAGACAAAAUCUCAAUUUUGCUUAGAACGGGCAAAGAUGUUUCAGAUUUUGGUUGUGUGUUUUUUAACUUGGCUUUCGUCCACUAAAUGUGCAGAUUUUGAUCAUCCGGCCAUUUACCAAUUAACCGAACCAGUUGACCAUGCCGAAGAACCAACCUGGGAUGAACGCAAAAAUAUGCUAUAUUACGUGGACAUGAUUGCUGGAGGAAUUUACAGCUACAAUUAUGAAACCUCUGAGGUGAAUUCCAUUCAUCUGGAUGGCGCCGUUGCGCCAGUUAUUCCUUCUGAACAUGACGAGAAUUUGUUGAUUGUCGGUUUAAACCAGGCAGUGCUGGCUUUGGAAUGGGACGGAACCAAUGAAAUUGGAAGACAGAAGGUGUUGGCAAACAUUUCUCAAGAGUUCCCUACAAGCAGGGUGAAUGAGGGCAAAGCCGACAAGGAGGGGCGGUUAUGGAUCGGUACGACAGGAACAGCGGAUUCUUCCGGAACGAUGACUCCAAAUGCUGGAAUAGUCUACAAAAUCACUAAGGAAAGCUUGGAUAGGCCUACAGUGGAGAUCGCCCCUGUUAACAUCAGCAACGGCUUGGCUUGGAAUGCUGCCAACGAUAAGUUUUACUAUGUGGAUUCUUUGUCGUUUCAAAUUGCUCAAUACGACUAUGACAACGAGCUGGGAACAAUUUCCAAUCGUCAAGUGGCUUUUGAUAUGCACGAUCAUCCUGAGAUCACCGGCCAGCCUGAUGGGAUGACGAUUGAUGAAGACGACAAUCUAUGGGUGGCCAUGUACUAUGGGGGCGUGGUUUUGAAAAUUAAUCCCACUGAACGCGCUCUUUUACAAGUCAUUGGGCUUCCAGCAAGAGACAUCACUUCCACUAUGUGGGGGGGACCGAAUCUGGAUAUUUUGUUCGUUACCAGUUCAAGACUUUCCCUAACAGAUGAGGAAAAAUUGUACUAUCCGGCUGCAGGGAGUUUAUUUGCCAUUACCAACCUAAAAACAAAGGGCCGGCCAGUCUUUAAUGUCGAUCUUAUUGAGUCUAUUUGAAAAUUGUUCAAAAGGUGUCUCAAUAUAUAUUUGUUUCUUUCUUA